AUGUGUACCAGGUUUCUGAGCGUGACUGUGGGCCCCUGGGUGAAGAUGGCAGUGGUGGAGGUGGUGACGCUCUCGCUGAUGCUGUGUGUGAUGCACGCUCGGCUCGGGGGCGCGGCGUGUGUGGAGGUGGACUCGGAGACGGAGGCGGUGGUGGGAAAGGAGUUCAAGCUCAGCUGCAUUUUCUGUAAACUACGAGGGGAGGUGCAGGCCAGAGCCAGCGUGGAGUGGAACUUCAGAGGCGAGGGAGAGGACAUCUUCACCCCCCUGUACCGUUACUCUGAUAUGGGGGGUAAGAUGAAGGGCGUGGUUCUGGACGAGCGGUUCGAGGGCCGGUUGAAGUGGGCGGGGACGAAGGACACACCGGACCUGCAGGACGGAUCUCUGAGCAUCCUCAACGUCACCUACAAUGAUACGGGAAUGUACCACUGCUUCUUCGAGCGCUUCCUCAUCUUCCCCAACCACGAGCAGCGCAACUUCACCAACAGACACGUCAACCUCACCGUCGUGGCCAAGGUAACCAGGACUCUGGCCUCCAUCCUGUCGGAGGUGAUGAUGUACGUGUCGAUUAUCGGUCUGCAGUUCUGGUUACUGGUUGAGAUGGUUUACUGCUACAGGAAAAUCGCCGCGGCUGGAGAGGAGGCGCUGAGAGAGAGCGCUGCUGAGUAUUUAGCCAUAACAACAGACAGUAAGGAUAACUGCACCAGUGUCGCGGUGGCAGAACAAAUCUGACCCACAGGUUGGACGUUUGACCCCGUGAUGACCGAGUCCCUGAAUUCCUCCGACCCCUCAGAGUAACGACGGAUGAGCAGGACGAGGCGAGAUCAUCUGGAGUCACGCGGCACAGA